CCCGGGACGCGCGCGCCGCCGGUUUAACGGUCUCGGCCCAGGGGCCCCGCCCGACCGGCCCGAACCGCGAGCCCCGCCCCCAGCCCCUGCCGCGGUGACACGGGCCGCCAGGCGACUAGCACCGGGAGCCGUUCCCCGACGGCAGCCGGGCGCUGGGCCUCCUUAUCUGAGCUGAGCCCCGCGACGCCGCGCCGGAAACCCUCCUGGAUCUUGAGGCGUAUGGAACCUCAAGGUCUUUAUGACAAUGGAAACCAAAAAAUUGAUUGGCAAACCGCUUCAGCCAGCAAGACCUGUUCGUCAUCUCUCUUCUCCCCCAGGACCAGUGUUCCCUUUCAACUUUCAAAAUGAAUAUCCAUGCAACACUCAGCGUUUACAAAGUGGAGGUGGCAGAUGUAAGACAAAUGGAAUGCAAGCCUUUUCUCAAGGUCUUAAUGAACAGCAGCAACAUCAGUCUCCAGUUAAAAAAGAGAGAAUUAAAUACAGCAGAGAUUUCUUGUUGAAGCUUUCAAGUGUUUCCAUCUGCAGACAAAAACCAGACUUUCUGCCUGAUCAUCCCAUUGUACUUCAAAACCCAGAAAACAACCAAAGUUUUAAGUAGCAUUUUAAGAACAGAUGAAUUUGAAGAUAAAGAAUUAUUCAUUUUAUAUUUUGGACACCUGCAAAUGAAGUGGAUCUAAUAAUAAUAACUAAUGGACUGUGACAAUUCUAUUUAUUUUUACUUUUGAUGGUUGGCUAUUUGGCUUCUCAUAAGAUGAAAAAGAGAUGUUUUAAACUAUAAAGAAUUUUUUAAUCAGUUUCAGCUUUGCAGGUGGUUUCCUACAAAAACUGGGAAGUAACACUCGAAAGUGGGAAUUUUGUUAGCAAAGUGGGAAGACUGUAUUUAUCAUUUGCAUGCUACUUGCAAUUCUUGUUUUCAUCACUUGUAAUAAUGGAAUGAAAAUGUAAGCUGUAAAGGUUCUCAAAUAUAAAGUAUUCGCUACAAGAUAUAUAUGGUACAUAAUUUCUUCUUGUUUUAAAGUUGCUUUUAUUCUUUUUCCCACAAAUUUCAUACGAGCACUUCAGCAGACCAUUAUGAUCUCUCUGCAGGCAUAGAAUGAUUCAGGAUGUUCAAAACAUGUUUAUCAAUGGCAAGAGGGAAACUUUUUAAUACACAUUUCAGAUAUGAGAUUGAUUGAUCUCUAGGUUCUUAAUAACACUGUCUUAAAUUCACAGUUACUAAUGGAGAUGGUAAAUCAAACUGAAGUUGAAAAGCAAUUUACCUGAUGUCACUAGUCAGACUAUAUGGUUAGGAGUUGAGCAAUUGAAAAUAAAAUUGAUAUUUUCGUCUCCAAUAGAGGAAAAAUUUAGGUAUUUGCAAAUAAUGGAGGUGCAUUAAGUUUCAACCUAUAUAACAAGAAUAUUUAAAUAAAGAAUUCUGGGACUUAAGCUUUUAAUUCCUAGAAAGUCAACAGUGUUAAAAACAUUGCAGAUAGAAAGGUAAGUAUAAACUCACUUCUUCUGUUCUCUUGGGUCCCAGGGUCUAUUAGUGAGACCUUCAAGGGUCACCAGUUAGCAGAAACUUCACCUUUCCCUGAGUGGGAACUCCUAAAACCAGCACCUUUUUAUUUACUCCUUUGGGGACUUGUCCAGAUUUCACUAGCCCAUAGUUGAUUUUCUAUCUUGGUCUUUUAGUAACCUCUUUUUUACUACUUUGCUUCCCAGAGAAAGUAUUGUUCUUUUUUUCAGACAGGGAAAAAACAAAAACAAACAAACAAAAACCCAUCAUUAAGCACAA